AUGACAGCAACAAACAACAGCAACUAUAUCGUUUCUGAUGAAAAAGUUAUUGAUUCAUUAGCUGAGGAAUUAGUUGUGGCAGAAACUAAAACCCUCAACGAAAGAAUUGGUGAAAACAGGAUUGAUUUACAUAACUACCUCAAACAUGAUGGAGGAAGAGGAAGGAAAACUGGUAUGGCUUUAUUAGUAAAUAAAAUUUCAAAUUUAACGAUUAUAGAUGUUGAUAUCAAUAAAUCGUACAAUGAUGAACUUAAAGAAACAGUUAGAAAAGACAUUUUAUCAAAACUUUCGGAUAAAGAUGUUAUCGUUAAAACCGCUUCAGGAGGUCUUCACAUUUAUUGCAACACUAAUUUCUUCUAUUCAACCUCGAACAGAAUGAUUAAAUGUUAUUCCUGCAAUGAUUACGAUAUUGAUAUAAUGACUUCUAUGGAUGAUUCAAAGCGUUCUUUAGUAGUUAUGGCUGAUUCAAGAGUUCGCAAGAAUGCAACAGAACCAAUCAAAACAUACUCAUUCAUUCGUGGAAGUUAUGAUUCAACAUUAACUAGAACAGUGAAUGAUAUAUUAAAUGAUUUGAAUAUUAAGGUAAGAGUUGAACAGAAGAAUGAAGAAAUAAAGACUAUCAUGAAUGAAAACAAAGAUGUAAACAUUGACGAUAAACUAGCUCAGAGCAUAGUUGAUGGCAUCUGUGAUUUUGAAGUACAUAAUGACGGUGGAAACAUGAAUUUAGAAAAAGAAGUUACAUUAUUCACACUGUUUCAAGCAAUUAAUUCAUUACCUAAUCAUUUAAUUAAUGAAGCAUACGAUAACGUUUAUAACUUCUGCAGUUUAACAGAAAAUGCAAAAAGUAAUUUUGAAAAAGCACGUAGUAGAUAUGCACAUUUAAUGACUUCUCCAUUUGUUUUGGUGAAGAUUCUAAAACUAUACCAAAAGGAAUAUUAUGAUGAAUACGUUUUACCUUUAUUACGUAAGCCAAAAAUAACAUUUGAUAUCAAACUUGAUGACUCGUUUUUGAUAACAGAUAUUAGACGCAAGGCUGAAAAUCAUCAGUAUAAAAACAGUUCUGAAGUAAUUGAGGAUUUAUCACGUGUAAUCC